CUGAACUCUCUUUCUAUCUCUCUCUCUUUCUCUCGCUCUCAUUAACUCUAACGGUCAAAAGCCCUAAAUCUAACCCCACCAGUGCCUCACCUUCCUCGUCGUCCCCGUCACCGUCGAGUCGUCGACGUACACAUCUGAUCAUGGAGUCCGACGAUGACAUGUACGGAGGAAGCGACGUAGACUCCGCCGCCGGCGAUGAUUUCUACGGCGACGACGUCAACACCGGUAACGAGAGCGACGUGGACUCCGCAGGCGGCGGCGAUGACUUCAUCGGUAAUGAUUCCGAUCAUCUUUGUACUGACAAAAACUACGUCGUUUUAUCCGACGAUGAUAUUCGUCAUCUCAUGGACGAUGAUAUCUCUAAAGUUUCAUCAGUUCUCUCAGUUUCCAAAACUGAAGCAUCUAUUUUACUCCGUCGGUAUAGCUGGAGUGUGAAUAAAGUUCACGAGGAAUGGUUCGCCGAUGAAUCGAAAGUUCGAGCAGCUGUUGGUUUAAAAAUAGCGGAAAAAAUUGUUCAAUUUCCGGAGAAUAAGUUAUUAACUUGUGGAAUUUGCUUUGAGGAUUAUUCAUCUGAUGGAAUUUUGGCGUCUGCGUGUGGUCAUCCUUUUUGUGUUGAAUGUUGGCGAGGGUAUAUUAGUAAUUCCAUAUCUGAUGGUUCUGGAUGUUUAAAUUUGCGAUGUCCUGAACCAUCUUGUAAAGUUGCUGUCACGCAGGAUAUCAUCGAUUCAUUGACGUGUGAUGAUGAUAGAAAGAAGUACUAUGGAUUUCUUUUUAGUUCUUACGUUGAGGAAAACAGGAAGAUCAGGUGGUGUCCUGCUCCGGGAUGUAAUUUUGCGGUUCAAUUUGAUAUAGGGAGCGAUAAUUGCGAUGUUAUAUGUGACUGUUCGCAUAGUUUUUGUUGGAAUUGUACGGAGGAAGCCCAUCGACCCGUUGAUUGUGAAACUGUGGGGAAGUGGAAGGAGAAGAACUUAGCAGAGUCGGAGAAUACAAAUUGGAUUUUGGCUUACACAAAGCCCUGUCCUCAAUGCAAGAGACCGAUUGAGAAGAACGAAGGGUGUAUGCGAAUGACAUGUAGAGACCCUUGCAAGUAUCGGUUUUGUUGGCUGUGCCUUAAUUCUUGGUCAACUCAUGGCUAUAAUCCGUGUAACAAGUACAAGCCGGGGAAUGAAGAUGAGAAAAAGAAAGAAAUGGCCAAGCAAUCUAUUGAGAAGUACACACAUUAUUACGAGAGAUGGGCUACUAAUGAGAAGUCGAGGCAAAAAGCUGUAAAGGAUUUGAGGAGAAUGGGAGAAGUUAAUGUUAAGGAGCUGAGUGAAUUGCAGGGCAUAACAGAGACACAAUUGAAGUUCAUUAUAGAAGCUUGGAAUCAGAUCGUUGAAUGCAGGAGAGUGUUGAAGUGGACUUAUGCUUAUGGAUUUUUCUUGCCUGAUGAGGAGCACACGAAAAGGCAGUUUUUCGAGUUCUCGCAAGGUCAGGCAGAGGUUGGUUUGGAGAGGCUUCACCAUUGUGCAGAGAGUGAACUGGAGAAUUAUCUGAAUGUUGAAGAAAGUAAUUCCAAAACAUUUGACGAUUUCCGUAUAAAGCUUACUGGUCUGACUAGUGUGACUAAGAACUACUUUGACAAUUUAGUUAGAGCACUUGAGAAUGGUCUUGAAGAUGUGCAUUCGCAAGGGGCUCAGGGCGACAUGCCAACAAGCUCCAAAAAUGCAGCUGAAAGCAGCAAAAGGGCAAGCUUGAAAAAUGGUAGGGACAGGAUGCCCUUGAAGGCAAGAGCUGAAUUCAUGAGGCUCGUGAGAACUAGAAAUGCAGGACUACCUGGCAUUAAUAACACUGCAAGCUCAAAACACGCCUUAGUUUUUCCAGGAGGAAAUAUAAAUGGCUCCAAGAAUCUUGUUAUAAAUGGAGACAACACUUUGAGAAAAUCAAACAAUCCACUUGUAGCUGGGGGCAGCAACUUUAUGGGAUCAAAAGAUGCUCUUGUAGCGGCGAGGAGCUACCCUAUGAGCCCACAAUUUUUACAACUGGCUGGGUUGAGCAGCACUACCGGCUCGAGUAAUUUGCAGCUAGCUGGGGGCAGCAAGGUGAUGAACAUUGGGGGAGGCAGUGUGACGAACUUGGCAAAUGCACAUAUGGCUGGGAGAAACAACCUCACUGUACCAAAAAAUCCACUUGAAGCCGGGGACAGCAACUUUAUGGGAUCGAAAGAUGCACCUGUAGCAGGUAGGAGCUAUGCUAUGGGCACAAAGUUUUUACAACAAGCUGGGGUGACCAGCACUACUGGCUCAAGUAAUUUACAGCUAGCUGGAGGCGGCAAGGUAAUGAACAUCGGGGGAGGCAGUGUGACAAACUUGACAAAUGCACAUGUGGCUAGAAGCAACAACCUCACUGUAUCAAAAAGACCACUUGAAGCCGGGGGCAGCAACUUGAUGGGAUCCAAAAAUGCACUUGCAGCAGCGAGGAGCUACGUUAUGGGCUCACAAGUUUUACAACAAGCUGGGGUGACCAGCACUACUGGCUCGAGUAAUUUACAGCUAGCUGGUGGCAGCAAGGUAAUGAACAUUGGGAGAGGCAGUGUGCCAAACUUGGCAAAUGCACAUGUGGCUGGAACCAACAACCUCACUGUCUCUAGAACUCCAAAUGUGGCUUGGGGCAGCAAGGUGAUGAACUUUGGGGGAGGCGGUACAAACUUGGCAAAUGCACAUGUAGCUGGAAGCAACAACCUCACUGUGUCUAAAACUCCAAAUGCGGCUUGGGGCAGCAAGGUGAUGAACUUUGGGGGAGGCGGUACAAACUUGGCAAAUGCACAUGUAGCUGGAAGCAACAACCUCACUGUGUCUAAAACUCCAAAUGCGGCUUGGGGCAGCAAGGUGAUGAACACUGGGGGAAUUGGUACAAACUUGACAAAUGCACAUGUGGCUGGAAGCAACAACCUCACUGCGUCUAAAACUCCACAUGUGGCUGGUGGAAGCAACGUGAUGAACAUUGGGGGACGCGGUGCAAACUUGGCAAAUUCACAUGUCGCUGGAACCAACAACCUCACUGUGUCUAAAACUCCACAUAUGGCUGGGAGCAGCAGUAGGAUAGGUGGCGGGAAAAAACGCAGGACAUCAAAUGCUGGGACACCCUUAAUCAUAAAUUUGGAUGACGACGAUUUAGGAGAGACAACUUCUACCGCAGGGGCAUCAUUAACACAAAACUUGAUUGAUGAUUUGGAAGGUUGGGCAUGCGAUUCGUGCACAUUUCUGAAUGCUAGCUCUGCCACGGCAUGCCUAAUGUGCAGUGAAGAUGCUUCUGGCAGUUGGGAAUGCGAAAUAUGUACAUUUGUCAAUAAGAAGCAUGCUUCUGCAUGCCAAAUGUGUGAGCACCGUAGAUAAUGUCCUUGCUUGCAUCUAAAAAUAAAUGGCUGCUCGGUGGAUACUCUUGGCUACAAGUUAGUUUUUGAAUUAUUGCUACCUUACUGUUUUACCAGUCUUAUGUUCUUUUCGGUCGAUAGCUGCCUAAAAGUUUCUUAUUACAUCAGUUGGAUGCAUAAGCUUAAGUAGUAGUAUAGUUAUGCAUAUAUGGGGUUCCUGGUAUUUAUAGUGAUACACAUUCUCCAGGUACAUAACAGCUUUUGUCAUAUUUCUUACUAGUAAAGGCCAAUACAUUAUUCUCGUAAUUGUGAAAACUCAAAAAGUUGGUACA